GCCCCCAUUUCUGGGUUCACCUAUUCGUAGCAAACGCUGGAGUUGGAGUCGGCCUCUCGCCCUGCGCAUCAUUUGCGUUUCGAAUUGACUAUCAGAAGCGCGAAGCGCUGCAGGCUGCAAAGAGUAUCAUUGAUUGUUGUACGAGCCCCUCUGCCAACCAUUAUCGAGCCAGGUCAAGAUGAGAAGCAGUGGCACACCACCAGGCUGGCGUGGCAGCCAUGCUGAUGAAAUCGGCCAGGGCGACAGCAUCCCUUCGCCUGCAUUUAAUGGCUUGCUCGACCGGGAAAAUCUUACGUCCGUCGCUCUCCUUGAUCGACGCGCAUCGUCUCCAUUCAUCGCCUCGACGCGCAUAUAUCGUCUUGCUGCACAGCUGUCAGACUCAAUGCUCAGGCGACUCGAUCGGACGGAAGUGCUUGGCGGAUACUGUUCUACCGGACCUGCUGCUGUUGCCAAUCAGAGCACCUCUGUUCGCAACAGCAAGCUGAUUGGCCACCAUGGCUGUGUCAAUGCCCUCUCCUGGAGCCCGGAUGGGAUCAUGCUUGCGAGUGGGAGUGACGACAAACGACUCAUCCUUUGGCGGGUUGGAGGGAAGGAUCAGUUCCCAAGUGCGGAUAUUUUCCACGACGAAGGCGAGGUUUCGGACAAUGAUGAUGAGGUGCCGAGCCGGCCAGGCUUCCGAAGGCUUCGAUCGCCUCUUCUCGUGGGUCGAUCGCGUCGCGGGUUCAGCGGCGAAGGCGCGUCAGAUUUAAUUUCGGCGCAGCUUCCUCCACAUCAGACCACACUUGAUAUCGGCAUGCAGCACGUUAUCGAGACCGGGCACCGAGCGAACAUCUUUAGCGUCAAAUUCGCCCCUGGCAUGGGCUCCUCCAAUUCGCGCCUCUUUUCUGCCGCCGGUGACGCCCAGGUUCGCGUCUUCGACCUGUCACGUGGAGUCGACUGUUCCACGCGCAGAGUUGGGCAUCGGGAGUACACACUCUGGAAUGAAGGCGGUGGCGAGGGUGGCCAAGAUGGUUUGGGGUGCGUUACGAGGGUGUUCAGGUGCCACCGUGCGAGAGCGAAGAGGAUCGCUACAGAGCAAAGCCCCGACACCUUUCUCACCGCAGGCGAGGACGGCACAGUGCGGCAGAUGGACCUCCGCGUCCCUCACACUUGCGCACCCCGCGGUUCCUCGUACUACUAUCGAUACUCUGAUCAUUCCGCUGGUGACGGCGGCGGGGGAUGCCCGCGCCCGCUGUGCGAGUACUCGCACAUGGAGCUUUACAGCCUCAGUGUCAGCAAACUUGAGCCGCACCUGUUUGUCGUAGCGGGAACUGGCGAGCAUGCGUAUCUGCAUGAUCGACGCAUGGUCCGCAACCUCAUGGCGAGAGACUGGGGAGGAGUUCCAGGUGCAUACGCGCCGGAUGGAGCGCUGACACAAGUUGUCAGGAGGUUCGGCGUCCCGAGUGAUGUCGGAGGAAACAGUCGAUCUCAUAGGGAAGAGAACGAUGAGGGCUACGGUGAGCUUGUAGCUGAAACUGGCAACGGUGGCAGCGAACUACCGCGGCGCAUGCGCAAUCGCGGUCGACCGAUUUCUGCAGCUAGCAGGAGGCCAGCGCACAUCACAGCAGCCAAGCUGGGAGAGAACCGGAGCAGCGAUCUGCUGCUGAGCUACUCUGAAUAUGCAGGCAAGGGUGUCAUCUUCAGGUACAAUAUCCGCAGCGGAGAGGUAGAGGGAAGUUUCAAGACUCCGACGAGCAACAAUGGUCGCGGCAGAGAAGGCUCCGGCUCUACGUCCGAACAAUCUACGUCUUCUCCAGUGGAACACUGUCCCAUUAAAAGUGGCGCCGGGAGACAGUACCCGAUUCAGUCCCUCCGCCCUCGUCAAGGUCCAACAUCCACCCAGGCAUCUGAUGACCACAUAUCGCACGCUGGCGGUAGUGGCACGAUACCUGAUGAUAGGUAUGACAAUGUGCACGGCGAAGAAUACGACGAAAAUGAUCACGAUGAUUUCGAAGUUGAGUCUGAUGAUGACGAAGACAAUGAGGAUGACGACGAGGAUGACGACGAGGAUGACGACGAGGAUGACGACGAGGAUGACGACGAGGAUGACGACGAGGAUGACGACGAGGAUGACGACGAGGACGACGCGUCGAGCGAUGAGCUGGACGAGCUAGCAUCCGAGCUGAUGAGACAUACACGCCAGCAACCCUCCUCGCAUUGCCCGUCCGCGCCCAUCAUCCGGCCAAUGCAGUCGUAUGCAGGGCAUCGCAACGUGCAGACGGUCAAGGACGUCAACUUUGCCGGCCCAUCGGACGGAUGGGUCAUGAGCGGCUCGGAUGACGGCAAUUUUUUCGUGUGGGACACGGAUACAGGGAAUCUGCGCGGGAUCUGGAAGGGCGACGAGAGCGUCGUCAACGUCAUGCAGCCACAUCCAUUCUUGCCUGCUAUCGCCGUGUCGGGCAUCGACAAUACGGUCAAGGUGUUCAGUCCGGUUGGUAUGCAGCAGAAACAGCGGUUCGAUUUGCUCGACAAGGAGGAUUCCAUCAUUCGUGCCAAUGAAAAGCACGAAGAGUGAGUAAGGCGCUUGCUUGCUUGCAUUUAUCAGAUGGUUACGUCAUUCGAGCUGAUGCAAUUGCUGGCUCUUCCCACGGAAACCUCUCGCAGAGACGAAGAUGCAUGGGUAGCAGGCCCUGCUUUUCUCAACCUCUUGCGUGCCCACCUUCGGCAGCAACGCCGCCCAGAGGG